AUGCUUGGAACCUCUGGCGAUGGCCUAAUCACGACACUCACCUCAUACCUCACGUCCGACAAAGUCACACCCUCCGAAGCUCCUCCUCCAACUGACCGACAGACCAAAUUUUACCCUCCUCCGGCAGCAACUGUUUACCAUAAUGCUGAAACAGGACUGUCAGCGAGGCCUUUCGCAAAAACGAUUCCUAGACACUCAUUGAAGAGAUCUGUCAGCGAACUGGUUGUACCAAGUCAAGCGCGGAACGAUUGCUUGACGGCGACUGCAGUGCUGAAUACAGUACGCUUCAUGGAAGACGAGCGCCGUACAGCACAUAAAAUCCCAUCCCCAACACGUAUCCAGCUACAAACUUCUCGACCAGCUCCUCAGCGUUCCAUCAGCAACUCUCGACAUGAAAUCAAGUCUCGCUAUCAUGAUCCUGCCAUCUCAUCUGUGAGCCUCCAGAAGCAACUUGUUGAGCAAACAAAACCCCCGAUCAGACGAAUUCGGUUUCCGAGUUCGACUGAAGACAAAACGAUGAGGACUCUCAGGCCAGAACCUACCAGAUCUACUGCUAUGCGCUCAGGCACAGAGCCAGAUCCAGCACGAGCAUUUGCGAACCCAAGAACGCACAACUGUAAUGUGACACUGAAGCCAUGCAUCAAGAAAAAGGCAAAGAGUACCACAACAACACCACCAGGCGAAUUUCAGGAGGAUGCCGUCAAUCUUGAGCCGGUAUUUCUACGUCGUGUCAGAACAGUCGACUUUCAAAAGGCUGGUGCAAAGUCAUCUCCCCCUCCACCCCAGGUAACCGUCACACCAAGAAGUCCAACCGAGACCCUGAAGUACGAUAUCGGGCGUAGUGCCAGGUCUGCCGACAAUCAUACGGAAACCGUCAAGUGGAAUGCAUCAUGCCCGAACACAAUAGGUACAGCGAAAGGUACUGCGGCAGAACCAGCUAUUACGCGGACGGAUGUCCAUGUCAUCGCCAUUGCUCCAUCUUGGAACGCGGAAAAUUUCGCCACUGACGACGACGCUGAUCCGGCAACGCCUACCAUGCAGAUCAUUGAGACAAAGAGUGGCAGCUAUGAAGUGAUUUGGGACGACGUUCCACCUGAGCAUACUGUUAGGACAAGAGGGCGACGAAGUUCGUCAGCAAGUCAUGCUCUAGAGACUGCUAGCCCAAGCGCCAAACGUGGUCUUGAACGAGUUAACUCGAAGCUUGCGGGCUGGUCGGGAACGUGGAAUAGCCCAUCAGACAGCUUCAAGCCAACCAUAGUGGUUUUUCCUGACGACGACGGUCGAGCUACUCGCUAUGACUGCACGGUGGACGAAGAGGAAGACCUGGCAGCAGUGCCUCCGAACAGCCGGAUGACAAGCGGUGCGCCCUCUCGCAUCCCAUCCCGCCCGGUGAGUGCGCCUUUGACGAGGACUGUAUCAUCUGAGGGGAUAUCGGUCCAGGACGCCUUACAAGACACGCCACAGGCGGGGUCACCGCCUCUAGAGCAAUCUCUUGUGGUGCCCAGUGUUGAGAUUAGGGGACGGAAGACGAAAUCAUCGGUAGGGGUUCAGAAGCUUUCGAAUCUCGAAGAAGCAGACACCAAGUUCCGUGAUCAUCGCGACUCUGUCACGAUUGCACACUCUCGUCUCAUGCGCUCGGGCGCUGUGUCGCCUGAACUGUUUGCGCGUGUUGAUUCUGUUUCGCUUGGGAGGAAGCGCAUGCAUGCGAGAAACCAUGCCGCAUCAUCAGCAAGAACAAUCUCGCGUCAGAAAGAAGUGUUAGUUGAGGCACUAGGGCUCCUUGCUGAUGAGGACAUUUCACCAGUAACAUUGCCUACCGUGAGAGAGCAUGCUGCACAAGCGCUGAAUAAGAGCAAUUCACCGUCCAUCCUCCAAUCACCACAACAGGCUGCCAAUGAGCGCCAUAUACGGGUAGUGGAGUAA